UUCCAAAAAAAAAAACAUUUCGAAAUUCAACUAAGCGCGAAUUGCACGAAAGGAAAAAAGAAAAACGAAAUAUUUUAGCAGUAGCUUGGUAGUGGUGGUAGUAGAAGCGCAGCUUCUUUCACUCCCAGGAAUUCUAUCUUCUCUAUCGUACUGUUCUAAGAUGGCGGCGGACGAUGCUAGCCCCAGCACUUAUGAAGAAGCUCGCAAGCAGCGCCUUGAAGAAAAUAAAAAGCGCUUCGAGGACUUGGGAAUUUUGAACAUUUCCAAGAGUCUCUCCAAGCUCACUAGCCCUGAGAAGAAGUCCAAGCAACGCCUUCCAAAACCAAAACCAGAGAAUUCUGCGUCAUUUGAGCCAAGACGCUCUUCUCGAGCACGAAAUGCGGUUACCUCUUAUAGUGAUGAUAUGGACAUCGACCUUCCACCCUUGCGGAAGAGGUCAAGAUUUAGCUCAUCAUGGGGAAGCUAUGUUGCAAGGCCAUUGGAAGAAGUCAAACUUGCUUCUUAUGAAGAUCGGGCUCGAGCACUUAGAGUUGCAGAAGAAUUCCAAAGUAGCCUACAAUCUGGAAACCCGUCUUUUGUCAAAUCAAUGGUUCGGUCUCAUGUUUAUAGCUGUUUCUGGUUGGGCCUUCCUACUCAAUUUUGCAAGAAUCACCUACCAAAAGAGGACUUGGAUAUGAUACUAGAAGAUGAAAAUGGCUCAGCAUAUGACGCUAAAUACCUUGGCAAAAGGAAUGGGCUUAGCGGCGGGUGGAGGGGAUUUGCAUUGGAUCAUAAACUAGAUGAUGGUGAUGCAGUGGUGUUUGAAUUGGUAGAGUCGGACAGAUUUAAGAUUUACACAUUUAGAGUAUCAUCCUUUCUGUUGUCUAGUCAAGCACAUUCUUCAGAUAUUGUAGAAAAACAAGGAUCUACAGCGGCAAAGAAAGGAUCAAAAGAUCAGAAGAAGACUGAUUCGCAUUCCAGACAGACACGCAAGUCCAAGAAAGCCAAGCCAGAUAAGAAUGAUAAGUUAUCAGAUGAUCAAAAACCCCAAUCACGAAACAGAGCAAUCAAUGGAGGAAGAUCAGAUGAUCUAAACUCGGUCCAGGAAAAUGGUUUUGUUCCUCGAGAGCACAAUAACAAGGAUGAAUCUGUUGGAAAAUCCGAUGAGGUAAAAUCAGUUGAUGAGAAGGACAAGCAAGAAAAAUGUACGAUCAAGCCUAGAAAGAAACCAGCUCCAAGGCUAUUUAGAAAGAAAGCAUGGUAGACCUUUGGGCGGAAACCCUUCAAUCUUAAGCUAUUGCUUACUUUUGUUGUAUAACAUUUUAGAUUAAUUUUAGAUGUUCUUGCUUAAGGUGUAUGACCCUACUUCAUACACAAACCAAUAUGAAGCAACCAUAUGGACAAAAUGGAUUGAAAUUGAAACAGUUAUGUAUGAUGAAAUUAUUUCGAGUCAGUA